UGAGUUUCUGCAGCGAGGAGAGUUCCAGUGGACUACAGACUCUCCAAAUCCGUGCGUAAAGAGCGCGCACUCACACACUCACAGACUUACACCACUUUACUGCGCGUUGUAUCUUACUCACUCCACAGCAAGAGAAUCCACGAGUGGACUUCUUUUUUUUUUUUCUUACUCGGGAGGGCGGCUUUCACCAUGAGCGCCGGACAGACGUACGAGAAGAAGAUUUCGAGUAUUUUGACCGACCUGCCAGGAUCUAUGAGUUGCCACCCGAGCUCCAAGGACUCCCCUACUCUCCCCGAAUCCUCCGUGACGGACAUGGGCUACUACAGCGGACAGACGAGCCACAGCCACCACGAAUACUAUCAGACUCAGGCGUACGGACAGCCCAUGAACUCUUACCACCACCAGUUUAACCUGAACGGCAUGGGAGCCGCAGGAGCGUACGCCACUAAAUCUGAAUACCCGUACACGAACGGUUACAGACAGUACGGACAUUACAACAGAGAUCACCUGCAGGCCUCACCACCGAGCUCAGUGAAAGAGGAGCCAGAGCCCGAGGUGCGCAUGGUGAACGGCAAACCCAAGAAAAUCCGCAAGCCGAGGACGAUCUACUCCAGCUACCAGCUCGCUGCGCUGCAGCGGCGCUUCCAGAAGGCUCAGUACCUCGCGCUGCCCGAGAGAGCGGAGCUGGCGGCUCAGCUCGGCCUCACGCAGACACAGGUGAAGAUCUGGUUCCAGAACAGGAGAUCCAAGUUCAAGAAGAUGUACAAGAACGGCGAGGUCCCACUCGAGCACAGCCCCAACGCCAGCGACUCCAUGGCGUGCAACUCCCCGCCCUCCCCCACGGUGUGGGAGAACAGCAGCAGCACCCCGCAGAGCACGCCGGUCAGCAGCAGACCUCAGGUCCCGCAGCCGACGCACAGCUCGUCGCCGCCCUACAUGGAGGAUUAUAACAACCACUGGUACCAGCAGGGAUCACACCUACAGCACCCGGGCACCGUGCACCACCCUGUCCCGCAGCAGAGCGUGGGAGCCGUGUAUUAACAGUGACUCCAAAACAACAACAAAAAAGCAGAUUUUUGUUCUUCGUUGUUUUUUUUCCCCCCCAAAAAACGAGGUUUCUCCACCACAGAGACUCUGCAGAGCAGCUGGAGCGCGGGAGCAGACCCUGCAACGUUUGGUAGUUGGAUGACCGAGAUGUUUCAGAACUGGGUUUUUUUCCAUUCACAAAGCACAUACGGGAUUGUGGUCACAUGUGGCAGAUUAUUUAAUGGAUAUCUGGCGUGGUUCUUUAUUUUUUUUCUAAUUUUAUUUUUGUUUUUCCUAAAUUAUUUAUCGCUUCUGUUGUAUUUCCUUCAAAUGUCUUUUUUUUGUAAAUGAACAGGCCUAUGCAAAGCCAUUUUUCUUCUUCUUUUUUUUAAAAAAAGUCUAACCACAAACUGAAUAAAAACCAAACUGUGCAGUUGAUCCAUGCUACAAUCAUCCAAUCAUGCAUGCGGGUUUGUAGAUAGCGCCUAAGAGGAAAAAAAAAAAAGAAAAACACUCAGGUCAUAUUUAUAUGGAUUUGUACAAAAACGUCGAAGGUUGUAAAUAUGUGUUUAUAUGCAGAACCACUAUGAUCAUAUUAUUUGUUGGAACGAGCACACUGUGGCGCCUCCAGAACCAUUUUUAUAUUCAUGUAAUUAGUUCACUUGUUGCCUUUUUUUGUCCAUUGAA